AUGUCUCUCCGCAUCGCGCCUUCGGCCAAUAACCCGUCUCAAAGAUCCAACACCUCCAAGAACGGUGCCACGCCGCAUCUGCGCAACGGCGCUCCCUCCGCCCCGGGCGUCCCAGAUGUCCUCCGCGCCUCGCUCUCCACCCCCGCCCCCGAUAAUGGCCCCCAGGCACCAUCCUCCACACAUCCUCUAGAGGCACGCUUGCUGCAGUGGCGCCAGACGCAAGAUGCAAUGAAGAUGGAGACUCUGCGGCGGAUGUAUGGCAUUGCGGAACCGGUGCGUCGCGGGAUGGAGAUGAAGAUGGUUAGAGAAGGACAGUGGAGACCGGCUGUCUUAGGUGGAAAUGCGCAGAGCAGUAUACAUGAGGAUAUUCUGGCGCUGGGAGGUCGGGAGACGGAGGUUACGUGGGAGGAUGUAUUCCAUGGCGAUAUGCUUCGCGAAGGACCAACGUUCCAUGAUGAGAUGGAGCAGCGAUUGAAGAUGAACUGGUAG